UUGUAACAUUUGCACAGAAAAUGUUGCGGUGAAAUGUAGUCUAGAUAAGUUCUAAAAAUUUAAAUAUUUAUUAAUUACUUUGUAAAAUGAUAUUUGUUCCGAAGUGUUAGUUAGUAUUCGUUAUUAUUUCUUCCAGUGCAGUUUAUAUUUGUUACUUAUAUUAUGAUUGUUAUUAUUUAUUAUUAAGUUAUGUAAACUAGAAAAUUUGAUAAUGAAAGAUUUUGUAGAAAAUAAUUGUCGUUUGUGUAAAAAAGUGUUUUGCUGCAAACAGUGUCGUGAAAAGCACGAGAAAGAAGUUCACCGCAUACAUCCCGAUUGUGACAUUUGCAUUUAUGGAAAAACAGUUUUGUUUUCAACCUCAGCUAGUCUCAUUGAUCAUAUUAAAACCGUACACUGGCCGCUGCAUUGCCUAGUUUGCAAAAGAUUGUUCGGAUCAGUUGACGAACUAUUCCAACAUAGUAAAUGUCCACUUGGAACUCGAAUCAACGGCGAUUUAGAAAAUAGUCCAUACACACCCGGACACUCAACAUUUGCAGAACAAUCUUAUGAUUCGCCACCUUUAUUAUAUUGUCUUCAUGGAAGAGGACAAUCCAAUAAGAAUCUCAAAGUAAUCUCUAAUCUGGCUACUAGCACACCAAUGCAAAAAGAAGAUAACCAUCUAUUGGAGAAAAUUCAGCAAGUAAUCGUUACCCCAGUGGAAAGUAUUGAUAACGACGUCGUCAAAAAAAGUCAACAAGAAAAUAAUACAGGGUCGUUGAAAAAAAGACGAGUGACGUUUGGUGAAACAACUGAGCACACGGACACACCAUACAGUCAGAGCCAGUAUAAACAAAGAAUAAAUAUGUCAACAAAUGAAAAUAAUAUAAAUUCCUGUGGCGGAACGUGCAGUAUUGUUUCAGAAUACAGCCCAGGAAAUUUCUACAGUGCAAAAGAAGAGCAGUCGUCACAAUUCGACACCGACCAAAAAGAAUUGUCUAAAGAAAAUCCGGACCUGCCAAUAAUUCAUGUCAUAGAACCCCCACAAACCAGCAGAGACACUCACGAACAAGAACAUUCAGAAGGCCAUGAGGAUAAAUCAAUCGGUGAUGAAGAUACGAUCUGGACCAGCGCAAUCAACAAAUCAGGUUUGCUUAUGGGAGAAACUAAUAGUCCAUUAUGGGAGGCAUCAGCUACACCAGACUCAAAUCAGUUUGCCACUCCAAUGCUUCCCAACUACAAAAAAAAGCAGGUGAAUGUUGUAAUACCUACUCCAGUGAAAAUAAAGGAGGAAAUAUGCAUCAAGUUUCACGGAGCUGUACAGAUAUCUUCAACGCCAAACAGCUCAAUCAUACCAGUUAAAUCAGCUCCCAACCGUAGAGACAUAUUCAGAAGCGAAGGAUCGUUACCAUCCACCUCAAAGUCUCAGGUGGAUAUCGCAGAAUCCAUCAUAGGCAAUGAUCAGCAGCAGACAAGGAUUAUUUCCAGCGAAACCAGAGAGAGUUUCAAAGACACAACAGAAGAUACGAGUACAGAGCUUUGUUAUAGUUCAAGCUCUGCUGAUAACUCACUACAUGGCAGACUUUGGUCAUCUGUGAGUCGGAUUGUUAAAAAUGUGACCAAUGCCUUGAAUGGCUUCUCAAGUGUUGAUGGAAUAGCAGUACAAAAUCCACCGUCUUCCCUGAAACGGCAUUAUUCCGACUAUGACUGUCCAGAAGGGCCAAAUGUCAAACGGUAUAAGCUCACUGAAAUCAAAUGUCGAAGAACCAUUAGAGAACUGCCUUCAACAUAUUUGAGUAGAAUGCAUUCAAUAGAGAGAACGAGAGAAAUCCACAUUGACAUCGAAAGAGAAAUUAGGUCUGAAUGUACCAAAACGUUUGUGGAUAAAGCCACUCAAACUGAUGAGAUUUUUUAUUUCGAAUUGAAAAAAAAUUAAGCUCAGCAUUCGAGAAUGAUCAAUUUAAUAUUCAUGAGCAGACAAUUUUCCUUUUUAUCAAAUGACCCCGUAGUAUAUCCAAAUUCACAAUGAUUUAUACUCUUAGUAUUCUAACUUAUUUUCAAUGGUUGUAGAACCUUCGUGGUGACAUGUUAAUGAUCUCUUUUUUUAUAAACUUUGUUAACUAAACUGAAACCCGAUGAUCAAAUAAUUCUGUGAUAGAUUUAUAUUGUAAUCUUUGAUAUUAUUUACUUCUUACAAGUGGAUGUUUGAACGUUGUCAAUAAAUGAAUAAUAAUUACCCU